AUGUAUCAGACUACUCAACUCUUUCAUAAUCAAUUAUAAUUGAUGUCAUUAACAAUAGAAUGUUAAAUUUAUUAAGAUAAUCUUGUACCAUAUUCUUUAGUCUACAAUGUCUCUUAUAAUGGUACAACAAUAGGAGGACAUCUACUAAAUUUUUAAGUGAGUUUGGUUUCAACUUAUUUAUAAGAACAUUAACCCUAUUAAAUAAUUAUUUUGAUAAAUAUAAAUAUAUUGCUUUUUAUAUUUCCAUUAAUAAGUAAAUAUUCAUAACAAUUAUAAUUCUAGUAAUUAUGAUUUUCAAAUGGUAUCAUAAUUUAAGAAAAGAAAAAAGAAAAAUUGCAAAGAGAAUUUAAGGAUAUUGUCCAUCAAUACCAACUAGUGGAAAAACAAAUACACAACAAACUUUAGACCAUUUUCACCUAAAAAUUAACAUUUAAUUAUCAAUAAUAUCUAAUAUUAAUGAUGCUGAAUGA